UGGGUCUCACACUGGCCGACAGGGAGCUGGUCAGGGCUGUGAUAGUCAGGGUCAGCUUUGGCUGCUUUCACCUGACAUGGACCUGAUACUUGCAGAGGAGUGUGAGGGCUCCAGCUGAUAGAGUUUCCUUACAAGUGAAAGAGUAGACAGGGAUGGUGCGGACCUACUGUUGUGUUAAUAAGCACAGGAGCAGAGAGGGCUGAUGUACCUCAUGGUUUCUGUGCCACUGUCUUCACCAGCAAUGCUUCCCUGGCUUUUAUGCCUGAAGGCAGGAUUCUAGAGCACAACUACUAAAUGGUGGGAGAACUCCUGGACAGCAGCCCUGCCAAGAAGCUCUUGGGCUUCCCUGGGAGACAAAAAACUUUACCUGUGUCAGCAGUGUGUGCUGGUAGCCCAGAAAGCCAACAGUAUUCUGGACUGCAACAAAAGAGCGGUGGGCAGCAGGGCAAGGGAGGCGAUGGUCCUCCACUCUGCCUUCAUGAGGAACCAUCUAAAGUAUUGUGAAUCCUCUUGUGGGGUCCUGGCCCAUCUCGUGGCUUGGAAAAUCAUGGUGAUCUUACUUCUGUCUCAUCAGCUGAUGGCAGGUCACAGGAACGCUGGCGGGUUGGGUAGUGGGUGGUUGCUGAGAUGAUGGAUCUCUGCUGAAUGAGGCAUCUGGAGGUGGGGCCUUGGGGCUGGGCCAGGUUUUCAUUUCUUUAUGUACUGCUGUGUUGCUGCAGCUGCCCUUCUGUAUUGUUACUUCUUUUGUUCGUGAAUAUUAACAUGUGUUAUCUCUGUGUUAUUUGUCAUCCUGCUCUCUUUUCUGUGUUUUGCAGGCUAGCUCAUGCUGGAAGUUGGUGGUGUCACUGUAUGAAUGAAGGUCAGUUCAGGAGUAGCUGCUGAUGGAAGGAAUGAAGUCCACGUUAAUGAACUGAAGCAUCUCCUGAGGUCAUGAGCAUUUGGGACAGUACAUCUGAGUACAUGCUUCAGCAGUUUGCCCUCAAAAAGGGUGUGGCCGUAGAUGUCCUUGGCACUUUCUACAUCCUGAGAAAGCGCAUCUGCGAGGGGACCAGGCCCAUGAUUGUCCCCAGGUUCUACCUGUCACAACGAGUGGCACAGGCUCAGGGGCUCAUCUACACCAACAGCGACAUUCCUGAUGAUCUCAAAGUCGUCCCCCUGGACUAUUCCCAGCUGUCCCUGAAGACAUCCUUGCCAGAGAAGCUGGUGAAGGAGUGCGUGAAUGACAUCGUGGUCCUCUUCAGCUGGGGCGCAGGGCUGGGAGAGGACUACGACCUUGUUUUCAAGGGCAUUGGGGUUCUCAUGAGCCGGAAUCGGAUCCUCACAAUGAGGUACCGUGAGGAGUUUCUCCUUGCCGUUGAUCAGACAGGAGCUGCGCUGAAGUGUCUGCUCGCUAACCCGCAGACAGAGGUCUGUGUGCUAUCAGGCAGGGAACCGGCUGCUUUCCAUGUGUGUCCCGGGGGCAUCCGUGUGCUUCCAGGGUUUAAAAUUAAGCUGCCCUCUGAAAUAAAAGCCGGAGAGCUCUCCCCUGACAAGGAAGCCGAUGAGAAGGAAGGUGCACGGAGCUACCAGGAUAAGUACCUGCACCAGCAAAAGACACAGCCACCACACCAUCAGAAAGGGGACAGGGCUAUAGAAGGGAAUCAAAAGCACAGAAGGACUCCUAUGGACAAUGGUAUCUUCAGCCAGCUGUUAGCAGGCCUGAAGUCCAGGUCUGACGCUGAAGAAGGGGGAGUCAGGGAAGACGUGUAUAAGGAGCAGGAGAAAGAAGGGAGUCGCAAGCACCCCACAGCCCAGCGGAGGCUGCCCCCUUUGACUCUGCUGGCGCUGCCCACCAAAGCCCUGCGAGGAGAGCCAGCACCCAGCACCCCGCGUCCAAAGAGGACAGAGUUUUCCCACGCACCAUCUGGCACCCAGGGGUCAGCCAAGCUGCUCCGAAAACUCCGUGGGGAAGAAGGUCAAGCUGAGGAGGGUGAGGGAGACGGCAGGGCAGCAGGGAGCCGCAAGCACGCCCAGCGGAGGCUGCCCCCGGUGACAGUGCUGGAGCUGCCCGCCGAUGUCACCCAAGCACAGCCAGCACUGGGAGCCCCGCGCCCAAAGAGUGCGCUACCAGCAAUUGAGGGGAGCUCUUCAAAGGCGGGCAAGAGGAGAAAGGUGCGCCAGUGCAGGGAGAAAACUGAAAUUCCUGCUUGCAAAGACCAUCAGCGAGUAGGACAGGAGGUCUGCUACCUGUGUUUGCAGCAAGAGCAACAUCGCCUGCGGGCAGCCAUGCUGGAGGAGAAGGAAAAGAAAGAAAGGGCUGAGCGGGCAGAGCUGCAGGACUGGAAGACCAGGAUGGCAGCCUUGAGCCAGCGGAGAGCACGUGCUGCAUGGGAGCGGGAGGUUGCCAAAACAGAUAAAAAGGAGAACUUAAGAUGCAGCAGAAAUUACCUGGAAUCCCUCUGCCCCACUCCUCCAGGCUACAUCCGGAGGAUGGAGUAUGACCGCGAGCUCCAGGAGAGGAGGGAGGUGUGGGAAAAGGAGCGUUGGAGAGUACCAGCGAAGAUCCCACUACGGCAAUAAGCAUGGGCAGCUCCUGCCGCGUCCUGGCUCAGGGGCAGAGAGCCGGUGUUGAGCCAGGGCCCCCCACAGAUGGGGCUGUGGGCGUGCAGGCUGGAGCAGGAGGGGUCCGAAAGCAACUCUGUGCCACUCUUGCUGCCACAAGUGCCGAUGGCCCUCCCACCGCCAUGCCAGGGAAGGAUAGAACCCGGUGGGCAGAGCAGAAGACCAGAGAACAGCAAAGCCCCUCCAGAGCUUGCAGCAGGAGCACACCUGCUUCCCGUGGAGCACAAGAGCAGGCCAGUGCUUCACCUUCACACUGUGGCUGCAGGCCAAAGGAGCGUCACCUGCCUGGGAGCAUGGGAACAGACGAAAGACCAGUCAGAGCAGAAGCUGCAGAGCAAAAUAAGUAGCAUGAGAAGACAUGCUGAGAACCGAGGACAUCUCCAGAAUGCACGGGAGAAAGAAACUAUACAACUGUCAGGGAAUUGUAACCAUUUCUGCCCACCAUGACUGUGAGCUGCUUGCUCUGCAUACGAAGCUUCGGAGCGUAGAGAACAGCGGAAAAUUACCAGGUUAAGCUAGCGUGGGUCAACAGCCGUUCCCCCUCCUGUUUGUAUGCUCCCUUCAAGUACUGGCAGGCCACAGUGAGGUCUCCCCAGAAACCGGUUUGAACAUCAUGUUGUUUGUAACGUUAGCUAUUCCAUCUGGGAAGUGGCUGUUUGUAACAUCAGCUAUUCCAUCUGGGAUGUCAGUGUCAAAAUUCAAGUCAUGUUGCCCGGUAUGUAUCGUGAGGAAUAAAGGAAUGCCACUUUCUAACACCA